AUCUCUGAUUCCGAAGGAUGAAUUCGAUACCUGUCUGGCUCGUCACGAAGUGAUGCGUUGACGCAAAGAUAAUCAAGCCUGCUGCGCUGCUCUUCUGGUUGCAAGUCUAUUACCCAAAUAUGCACAUCAUCGCUUGUAUCCAUGCUGGGUUUUCCAGUGACAUUCUGUUUGGGACCCAGAGUGGAUCGAAUUCCAGGCGUGGUAUUGCCAGCAGAGCUAAGCCAUACAGAUUGGUUGGUAGAUUUCGGUUCUCUCAUCAUCGAAGAGCACAAAGCCAAUCGCCUCAUCGAAUGCUUCACUUCCGACCAGAUGUACGUGGUGAAGCGAUCAAUUUUUCAUAUAGCAUUCCCACAGAAGCCUCGACUCAGGCGAAAAUCUCGCAUCUUGACGCAGCCAUUUUCACCGCCAUCGCUUCCCUCCCUUCCCCUAUGGAAUAGCAGAGGCCUUUACACGCCGGAGUGGUGCUCGGCAGCUCAACUCGCCACACUCGGAUAUCUCGACAUCUCCUUCUACGACGCUCACCCCUCUGAAAGAAGAGAUAUUGCGUCUUCCAGAAAAACUUGCCCACUGCCCGGGAGGCGUCCUCCUCAGGGGCUUGCUUUCCGGCAAACCCCUGAACUCCUCCGCAGCCGAAUGACGCCUUUCAGUAUGUGAUGGGCAUGGUUCUUAUGCCACAAUGGAGGUUAUGAAGUUGGAGACGGAAAAUCGUGUUUUUGUCUUGUUUUUUCCUACUCACGCUUCCUACCUCCUCCAGCCCUUUGAUGUUGCAUGUUUUUCACCCCUGAAGUCAAGAUAUUAUAAGGAACCCAGCCAACUAAUCUUUCUUGAUGGUUUAGCACCUGUUAAAAAGUAUAAAUUUAUAUCUAUAUAUCACGAAUCAUGA